AUGGAAAGCGACUAUGUGUCCCUCUCAGUGAGAAUGCGUAAGCCCUGGUCCAAGGAAGUGGAGGGCUUGCAGAAGGUCUGUGGGGCCUUCAUUGCGGCAUGCGCACGAUACCAUGAGCUGGUGCCAAAGGAGUUCGCAGACAAAACCCUCCCAGAGAUCAAGAAGGCGUUCAUGCACAGACACGCCGACGCAGACUUGCAAGCCUUGCUUAAUGAGACGGUCCCCCCACUGGAUGUCAGCAAGAUCAUGAUCUUCCAAAGCCAUCUCUCCAAGUACCACACCGAGGCCAUGAUGGACUUCAAGUUCCUGAACGAUCGAUACAUGCGAGGCAAAGCCAAAGUCGUCCAACAACGCGGCAUCGGUGCGACCAAGAGCAUUUUGCUGGGAUUGCUCGAUGGUAUGACUGAACCAAAUGUACCCGUGCUGGUGGUGGAUUUGUUGCCGUCCAGGUUUUCAGAGUGGAGCUCUGCGUGCUGGGAGAUCCAAAGGGACUACUUGCUUGGCACCGACCAAUCGAUCGACCUGAGAUUCCUGGCAGUGUACCAGAACGACGAAGCCAGCUUCCUGAAAGCAGCGCAGGACUUGCGUGUGGGCCGGGCUAUGGACCAAUGGUGGGACAAGUCGGACGAAGCCGGCCCUAGGAGUCGGGAGAAUGUCCGCUUCCAGCAAGACCCUCCCUCUUUGGAGGUUCUGAGUGCUACUGUGGGAACAGGUACUCUGAUUCCUGAUAUGGUUCGCGACAAGUUUCUGCACAGCUAUGAGGAGCCGCUCAAGAGAAUGGCUGACAGGCUGCUUGAAGAGACACUGAUCAUUAACGCUUUGAAGAGUUGCGGUGGUGCAUCUCAACGCGAUGAGUCCACAGCAAACGCAGCCCGCACUGCAGCCAACCCAGAAUGGAAUGGUGAGUUCCCGUGGAAUUUUCGGAAGCGAAUGACUUGUUCUGGGACUCAUGUGGCUGACUUUGAUUCGGGGAACACGAUUGAAGCUUCGGCUACACUGGCGCGGGAGAACAAGCUCGAGAUUGUGUUCACCACCAUGUCACACCUGUGGGUUGUCAACCGCGGAACAGAGCAAAUCACCAUCGACGCUGGUGAACUGUUUGGCUUCAACACAGGGAGCUAUGUGGAGAUCCCUGCAGGAAGUGCACCAUCCGCCACCGACUACUUGCCUUGGCACUUAGCCGAUGACAGGGCCUUGGUUUGCUGCGUCAAGAGCGAAGGCGACAAGACGAGCAAAACCAUCCAGUCAGUGGCAGAAACAAUGUGCUCGAUCACCCGGUUGAGAGGCGUCACCGAAACACGAGUGGUGGACCACGACUUGGCUCCAUUGGUAAAGGCCAUGCAGUGCUCCAGAAAAAGUUUUGGUCUGGAACAUAUUUGA